CGAGUGGGAGUGUGUAACAGCCUGUGAGAGUGUGUAUGUAGUGAGAGUGUGUGUGAAUAUAAGGGAGUGCAGCGCAACAACCAACCUCACAGCUAAUUAGUUCAACCCUUGACAAAAGGUGGGCCAGCCACUGAAGAGAACCCCCGGGGCUCCACAGACUGCUCUGGAGGCUGGAGAGGGGAAGGCUAAUAGGGAACCUCCUUAUGUUCAUCUUUUCUGGAGCUUAACUGAUGUUUUGAACUUCUUCAGAGCAUGUGAGAGCUGGAGACAGAGGAUUGCUGCCGGACGUGUGGGACUAGCAGUUGGAGAUCAUGUCUGGACCAGAUUCUGAUGAUGACAGGACCUUCAAAGACUUGAAUGUCGUGGGAAUGCUUCACCAGUUUUGGGAGCAGAAGCAAGUGAAAGGCAUGAUGAUGGAGACAGACAAUCUGGUAGUCUACGAGUCCAUUCCACCCGGCCCGCCCUACACAUGCUACGUCACUUUACCAGGUGGCAGCUGCUUUGGAAAUUUUAAGUACUGCUACAGCAAAGCAGAGGCCAGACGUGACGCCGCUCACAUCGCUCUGAUGAACUCCACAUUUAAUGAGUUGCCCUGCCGCCGGAUCACUCCUGAGUUCAUAUCACGCAGCGUGAGAGAAGCCGUCAGCACCACCAGCGGUAACACUGCAGAUGCGUCUGACCCCGGUACCAGUAUAGGAGCAUACUGUCUCAUGCUGGAGCUGAACACUGGGAAAACCAUGCUGGAAUUUCAGGAAAUAAUGACGGUUUUUCAACUUUUGCACUGGAAUGGUACUCUGAAGGCUUUCCGUGAGAUGAGAUGUAGCCGCCAGGAUGUGAUCCAGUACUACUCCCAGCAGCGUCUGGAUGAGCGCAUGCGCAGUCACAUGGCACUGGACUGGUUACAGAAGGAGCAGCAAUCCCCCGGCCUGCUCUCCCAGGAGCUGCAGCUGGCCAUGAAGGAGCUGGGAGAGGCCCGGAGAACAGGCAGGGAACUCCGCUUCUACAAGGAGAAAAAAGAAAUCCUGAGCUUAGCUCUCAGUCACGCCAAUGCCGAGGAUCUGGAGAGCUACCACAGCGAGGACAUGUCCUGGAGAGAAGAGACUGAGUUUGAGUACUGCACUCAGGAGGGACGCUGUCGAGGAAGUAUGACGGAUCCUUCAGAGCACUGCCCGUUUCACUCUCAGGAGAGCGACAGAGAAUCGGUGGAGUGAGCUCUGGGAGACAAGACGUUUAUAC